ACUCGGGCCUCAGGCUCGGUGGAGCUCAGCACUGGGGUGUUGGUGGCAGCGCUGAGGGGCCCCCCACUACCCCGUCAUGGCGUCUGCUCUCACCGUCCUCCUCCUCGGCUGCUGGCUGGCCGGGUGUAGCAGGGUGUCGGGACACCCUGCCGGCUCUGAGGCUGAAUUUCCCAUCACCAGCGCCAGAUGGGAACACAAGGGCAGCUACACCUGUCGUUAUAGCAACAGAACAGACCCACCUGCCUACUCGGAGCCCAGUGACCCUGUGCAGAUCAUUGUAGCAGGUGAGGGGCCCAGCCCAGCACCUCGGCUCCCAGCCCCACCCCCAGCCAGGCCCCAGGGGGUCUCCGUGAGCCCUGGCACACAGCCAAUGGGACGUCCAGCCCAGCCAGUGAAGGUUGCGGGGAUGGGGGAUAUCUCGGCCCCAUGGAUCUCAGGGGAGACCCUGACCCUGUCUCUGCCCCGUCGCUGACACUCCUCGCUGGGGACGGGGCGCAGUGGCCGUGCUGGGGUCUGUCUCACGCCCCGUCUCCCACCCACUGCAGAGCUCAGCUCCCCCAGACCCUCCAUCUCCCUCAGCCCCAGUGUGUGUCGGGGGGUCACCCUAGGGGGAGCUGCAACCAUCCGGCGUUGGGGUCAGUGCCAGGGUCUGCACUUUGCUCUGUACAAGGCUGGGGCCAGGAACGCAGCAGCGCUGGGCGAGGACUCGGCUGGGGUCAAAUUUCCCCUCCCCAAAGUGAGCCGGGCAGAGGGAGGCAGCUACACCUGCUAUUGUCCCCCCAGCUCGGAUCCCCACACCUGGUCGGAGCCCAGCCACCCCGUGGAGCUGGUGGGAGCAGGAGAGGGGCCUGGAUCAGUGUCUCCGUUCCCAGCCCCACCCCCAGCUGGAACCUUGGCCCACCAGACGGGGACGCCCAUCAGGG